UUUUUUUUUGUAUGGUAUUAAUGUAAUAUUCAUAUUUUCACUAUGAUAUGAUGUGGCAUUUCCACGUUGGUAUGAUUACAAUUAGCAGCAUGAUCCUAUAAAGAUGUCUAUAGAUGUUAUAAAGAUUUAGUGCAAUCGGAUGGUGAUUAAAUUACGGGAAAUGAGUUUUUUGAUAGAUUUUUCCAUUUAUUUUAUUUCAUAUGAUUACAUAUAAAAUUAAAUUAUUGGAUGCAUGUUUGGAGGAGAGAUCUUGUGGGGUAAGUGGACAUAUUCCCACUGAACAAAAUGGUUGUUGUCACAUGACUUGCACGUGCAUGAGACUCAACACGUGCGACCCCCAAGACCCGAAUCUUAAAGUGAAUAUUCUUCAUUGGAAAGUCCCCAGAAAAUCAAUUAAAUUUAAAAAGAAAUGUAGAAUAAAUUUAAAACGCCACGCGAACUUCGCAGACCCACGUCCUCCCCAGAUCCACACCGUUGACUCCUAUAUGGAACACACCGAAGGCUAAUCCAGCGGCGGAAAACCGCGUAAGACAAAAACGUUACGUAGCUGGCGAGAUACAAUAGAAAAAUAAGACGGUUUCGGGGAAAAAGGUGGGCGCCGGAUCCUUUUUUAAGUGUCAGAGAAGUGGUGAAUCGGGCGGUGGAGGUUGACUGUGGUGUCAUACGUGUCAACAUUGGACGGUGGAGAGAUGGAAAGAGAGAGAAUCAGUUCUUUGACUUUUCCGUUUGGAAGCGAAUUGACUUUUCCUAGAUUUUAAAUGUAAUGUGCGCUGCAGAUCGCCUGACCACCACUCUUUUUUUCCUCCUCCGUUUUCCCCAUACAGGAAAUUGGAAAAUGACAAAGCUCAGAUAUUUUCCCCUUUUUUUUUCUUUUUCUCUUCCAAAAAUACAAUAAAAUAAAAGAAAGGAAAGGACGGUCAAAACCCAAUAUGCUGCACCACUUUGCUUUUCGAAAACAAAAACAGGUUUUGGAGAAACAUGUCAUCGUUUUACAUGUUUUUACAUUUACGGUCAAUGGAAUUAUUCUGAGAGGAGAUCAAGCGUGGGGAGCCACGGAGACGUGUCGAGUGGUGAGAAGAUGGGUGGGGCCAGGAGGCGGUGCACGAAGAACGGUGACGAGACGCGGCUGAGAACUGACGUGAGAUUGACGUGAGGGAGAAGCGCGUUUAUCGGGGGUUGGGGGUUCAGCCGAUAUCGUAUCGCCACGCCUAUGGACUUGACCUUUCCUCCCCCCACGGUUUCCACUGUUUUUCUUAGCCUCCUCUCUUUUAAGUCAAUGUCGCUGCAGUGUGUCGUGCUUCAAUUAUUUCCGGAUAUUAAUCAUCUCAAUACUGUUAGGUAAUUGUUUAAUUUGUGUUUACUCCUUGAAAAUAUAUUGUAUUAUUAUUUUUUUUAUUAAAGAUUUGGAAAUAGGAAUUUAUCAUUAUUAUUAUUAUUAUUUUAAUUUAUAGAAUAGUGGAUGUAAAAAUGGAAAUUUUUAUUUAUUAAUUUUUUUACAAUUUAUAGAAAAAUUAAAGAGAUAUGAAAAAGGGAAUUAUGGGAGUGAGCGAUAAAUAUGAAAUUAUCCUAAGCCAACAAAAAUAGCAAAGCGACUUUUCCUUUUAGACAGCAAUAUAGAUUCGUUAUUUUCACCGUAUUUGGCACCCGUCAUUUUUCUUUUAUUUAUUUUUCCCUCCCCCUCUAUCUAUCUUACUGUGUGUUCUCUACCUUUGCGCCGGCGCUCAAGCCCUAAGGGUCUCCAAGCCUCCUCUCUCUCCUCUCUCUGCUUUCUGCUCCUCAAUUUCUCAGAUCCCGAGGUUCCUAGCUGCUUUUGCCAUGCACUGAGAUCAGCAGCCCAUGUUGUUUCUUUUGAGUAUAAAUAGAGGAUGAUUGACUGCCAUGAUGUUGUUGUGAAGGAUUUCAGUUUGGGUAUCUUGGCUUGUUGCUGAUUGGAAAAAGUUGAGACUAAUUCUUUAUUGGAAAUGGAUCGGUGUGAUACUUCAGGAUUUGUCAGUGGGGGUGGGAUGUGCUCUUACAGAGACAUCUAACCCUCGUCUUUUUGUAGCUAAUUUUAUUUACCCCGGAAGUCAGGCAGACUGUUGUCUUACAAUUUAGAUUUAGUUUGGAAAUAAGUGUUGCAUUUUAGCUCUCGCUUCAUGUACUCCAGGUUCCAGAAUUUGGGCUUUGCUGCUAACCAUUCCUCAAAUGCAUUCAAAAAUCUGGGCAAUUCCAUGCAAGUUGGAGGAGCCAGAGCCAACUAUUGCAUGGAUACUAUCCUGCGACUUGAUUCCCCCAGUUCUUCGAUUCCUGACUUGACUGCAUCAAAGGGGGUCAAACGGAAGUGGAGUUUGAUUGAUGGAACCAGGGGCCAGCAAGUUGGUUCUUCACUGUCUCUUGGGCUAGGGCGUUCAUCAAGUUCCUCAGACAGCAAAGGGAGUUCAGCCACUGCUUGCACUACAAUGUCCUCAGCCAAAGAAAAUGAAGAGGAGUCCUCUAUGGAUCUUGAAUUGGACUUCACUCUGCAUCUAGGCAACGAGAAAACACCCAGCACAAAGAAAUAUGCUGGCUCAAGUCUGAAAGCACUGGAACUGCAGACAGAUAUUGACCUGGAGUUGAGUCUCUCUACUGGGCCUGCCGAAUCCGAUAUCACUAGUAUCCAUGCAAGCUCUACUCUACUUCACGCCAUGGAUAUGCCACUGGGAGUUGCCAGAGCUGCGCAUCUAGAUGAAGGCUCAACAUCAUCUCCAUGGAAACCAGGGACUUCUUUGUCAUCAUCAUUGCAUGCUCCAUUGAUCAAAAAGACUAGCUUAUUUUCCCAUCAGAUUCCACAAAGAAUGGACCCAACUUCCCCAGUUCCGGACCUUUCAUCAAGCAUAAUAACAACACCAAAAAGCUCAGUCACCUGUACUUCCGGGAUAACACAGCAGCAACCACAACGCAGCACUAGUUCAAAGACUUGUCAGUUCAAGGGAUGUGGAAAGGGAGCAAGAGGUGCUUCUGGCCUUUGUAUUGCCCAUGGAGGUGGUCGGAGGUGCCAGAAAACUGGAUGUCAUAAGGGAGCUGAGGGCCGUACAGUGUACUGCAAGGCACAUGGGGGUGGCCGGCGAUGUGAAUUCCUUGGGUGCACAAAGAGUGCAGAAGGACGAACAGAUUACUGCAUUGCUCAUGGUGGUGGCAGGCGAUGCAGUCAUGAGGGUUGCACUCGAGCUGCAAGAGGGAAAUCAGGAUUGUGCAUCCGGCAUGGUGGGGGGAAGAGAUGCCAGAAGGAGAACUGCACGAAGAGUGCAGAAGGCCUCUCAGGUCUCUGCAUCUCACACGGAGGUGGGCGUCGUUGCCAGUUCCCAGCAUGCACAAAAGGGGCACAAGGAAGCACAAUGUAUUGCAAGGCCCAUGGUGGGGGAAAACGGUGCACAGUUCCAGGUUGCACCAAGGGCGCAGAAGGGAGCACCCCCUUCUGCAAGGGGCAUGGUGGAGGGAAAAGGUGUUCAUUUCAAGGUGGUGGGAUUUGCCCAAAGAGUGUUCAUGGAGGGACCAACUUCUGCGUGGCACAUGGGGGCGGCAAGAGGUGUGCAGUGCCAGAAUGCACAAAGAGCGCAAGGGGACGAACUGACUAUUGCGUCCGCCAUGGAGGGGGCAAGAGAUGCAAAUCUGAAGGCUGUGGCAAGAGUGCACAAGGCAGCACGGACUUCUGCAAGGCACAUGGUGGAGGGAAAAGAUGCUCUUGGGGUCAGGUUGGGUCACAAUUUGGCAGCCAAGAUGGACCUUGUAGUUCAUUUGCCAGGGGGAAGACUGGGCUCUGUGCAUCACACAAUGCCCUGGUGCAAGACAAGCGAGUCCACGGGGGUGCCACUCUGGCACAUACUGUCCAGAUCCCCUCACCCAGCAAGCCUGAGAAGAUGAAAGAUGUUGUCGCUACUGAAGACAUGAAUGUCGAUAUCAUGAAGAUGAUGGGGAGUAGCAUAGUGAACCCAGCUGGCUGGACUGGUCUUGAAUUGAAACAAGUAGGACUUCCACAACCUCACCUCCCAGCCAGAGAAGUAAGACCAUCACCAGUUCCAGUAUUAGCUCCAGAAGGUAGGGUGCAUGGGGGAAGUCUGAUGGCCAUGCUGGCAGGCAGUCCCGGUCUCAGUCCAAGUGACAGCAAAACCCUCAUCAGCGGCGGUCCAUCUGAACCUAGGAAACCAUACAUGAUGCCCCAGAGCUGGAUGUAAGACAGUUAGUCACCCUUGUUUCAAUAUCUAGUGUCUGUAGUUGGCGGAGGCUCUCUCUGCAUAUUUGUGUCGUUUGCUAUUAGUUUUAUCCACUGGUUUGAUGAUAUGAGAAUUAGUUUCUCAUUCAUUGUUUUAAAUGGGAAGAACCUACAAGUAAUUUGUUUCACCCUCAGAAAACAAAUAAGGGGUAAGCAAGUAGAACAUAGUUACUAGUUUGGGUUGUCAGUGUUCAUCUCUUGUAAAUAUUUAUAUGUUUGUCCAUCAGGUUCUUGAGGGCACAUCUGUAAGGUCGGUCCAUUGUCAGUUAUAAUAAGGUCUUUACUAGCGCCA